CAGUCUCCCUGCGCAUGCCCACAUCCCGCCUGGAGUUCUGGGCAGAGCUGGGUGGGAGAGUUAGCAGUUAGCAGUUAGCCAGCUAGCUGAGUGUGUAAUGGCGGCCUCGGUGUUGCUGGGGUCUGCGGACAGCACCGGACCCACUUUCCCGGUGGGAAGCGGCUCUGGGAAUGUUUUAGUCGGGAAUAACGUGCUCGGACCGGCGGGGCCGGCGUCGUGGAACCGUUCUCUGGACCGGGCGCUGGACGAGGCGGCGGCCACCGGCUGCCUGAGCCUGAGCGGCAGGAAGCUGAAGGAGUUCCCCCGCAGCGCCGCCAACCACGACCUGACCGACACCACCAGGGCCGAUCUGUCCCGUAACCGGCUGUCGGAGCUGCCUGUGGAGGUGUGUGUGUUCGUGUCCCUGGAGAGUCUGAACCUCUAUCAGAACUGUCUGCGCUCGCUGCCCGACAGCCUGGUCAACCUGCAGGCCCUCACCUACCUGAACCUCAGUCGGAACCAGCUGGCGGUUCUCCCCGUGGUUCUCUGUGCUCUUCCUCUGAAGGUUCUGAUCGCCUGUAACAACAAACUGGUUUCUCUGCCGGAGGAGCUCGGCCAGCUGAGACAGCUCACCGAGCUGGAUGUGAGCUGUAAUGAGAUCCAGACUCUGCCGGCUCAGAUGGGACAGCUGGAGGCUCUGAGAGACCUGAACAUCAGGAGGAACCACCUGGCCCGCCUGCCGCCCGAGCUGGCCGAGCUCCCUCUGGUGCGUCUGGAUUUCUCCUGUAACAAGGUGACGUCCAUCCCCGUCUGCUACAGACGCCUCACACAGCUCCAGACCAUCGUCCUGGACAACAACCCCCUGCAGACCCCCCCCGCACAGAUCUGUAUAAAGGGGAAAGUUCACAUAUUCAAGUACCUGAACCUGGAGGCCAGCAAGACGACGCCUGAGCUGCCCGACUACGACAGGAGACCCCUGGCCUUCAGCUCCUGUGUGGAAGAGCUCUACCCCGGUCGCCCCUACGGAGCGCUGGACUCCGGCUUCAACAGCGUUGACAGUGGAGACAAGAGAUGGUCGGGCAACGAGGUCAGACACACGCACGCACACACACACACACACACACACACACACAGUGCAUCCUUCAGCUCUGCUUCCUGUCCACCUGUGACCUCACUUCCUGUGUGUGUGCAGCCGGCCGAGGAGCUGUCGGAGCUGCCGAUGCGCGUGGCCGAGAUCACCAGAGAGCAGCGGCACCGCGACGGACGGGCGGCGGGAGGCCCCCUGCUGGCCAACGGCACACUAGACCUGGAGCUGGAGCAGAUAGACUUCAUCGACAGCUGUGCCGGAGAGGAGGAGGAGGAGGAGGCGAGGAGUCGAGGAGGCGCGGCGGACAGCGUCAGCCUCAGCUCCCAGUUCAUGGCGUACAUCGAGAGGCGCAUCACCCGGGAGGGCUCUCCGGUCAAAACCAGCUCCUCCAGGUCAGAGGACGCCAGGAGACACAACAGGAGUGUGGUUGACGGUGUGACGGUGCCCUCCGGCUCUCAUAAUCAGAGAGCGGGGGCGGGGCCAGCAGGGGGCGGCGUGGAGCGGGUGAGGCGGGAGGCCCAGCUGGCGGCUCUGAGGUACGAGGAGGAGAGGCAGAAGUCACGCUCGCUGCAGAGAGACGCCGUCAUCAGCUUCGUCAAGCAUAAAGCAGCUCAGAGUCCAACCAAGUCCAGUCCAGACAGCGAGUCUCUCACUGGAGUGUCUAUAGACGGGUGUUGUUCUCAUCCUGCAGACAGCUCCACCUCCUGUCCGCUGCAGGGUGAGGAGCGAACUGCCCUAUCGCCUACAGCCAAUCAGUCGCCCUCUUACCCCAGCUCUGGGGGCGUGGCCUCCUGCCGGGCGGCCAGUCAGAGACCGGAGAGCUUCCUAUAUCGGCUCGGCCAGCGGGAGGAGAAGAAGAGAGGGGACGCUGCUGCUCCUCAGCCAGAGGAGCCCCCUGCUGCUCCUGCUGCUCCUGCUGCUCCUGCUGCUCCUGCUGCUCCUGCUCUGGUGGGGCAGGAGGCCGAGCUGGUGGAGCAGCUCCGCAAGAACAUCGAGGCUCGUCUCAAGGUGUCGUUGCCUAGCGACCUGGGAGCGGCGCUGACGGACGGGGUGGUGCUGUGUCACCUGGCCAAUCACGUGCGCCCGCGCUCCGUCCCCAGCAUCCACGUCCCCUCCCCCGCAGUGCCUAAACUCACCAUGGCCAAAUGUCGACGAAACGUGGAGAACUUCCUGGAGGCGUGUCGCAGGAUCGGCGUUCCACAGAGUCAGUUGUGUCUUCCUCUCCACAUCCUGGAGGAGCGAGGGCUCCCCCAGGUGGCAGGAACCGUCAGCGCCCUGCUGGACCUGGCCCCGCCCAGACACCCUGUCACCACGGCAACCACACCCGGACCCUCACUCGCCAUGUAGACGACGCCACCGCACUCUCACACUCUGCCUUCUCCUCCGACACCCUGCGUUUGUUUUGUUCACAGCGCGGCCAUGUUGGAUCCGCGGCCGCCGGCUAAACGACGAUCUGAGCCGAGACACGAGCCGAGCCGCGAGGAUCCGGCGCCGCAGCCGCAUCACGUCAGCUAAUGUUAGCACGCAGCUGCAUUAGCAUUGUCUCCAGACUAACUGGCUUCAAAACGUUAGCUAAUAUUAGCAGCAGCACUGCCUUCAAACAGAUUAGGUCCAUCAUGUCAGCUAACGUUAGCGGUUAGCGUUGUGUUUGUG